AUGGAACACUCAAGACCCGAAUCGUCUGGUGGAAGCACUCUGUGGAUGGGCGACCUUUUGCCAUGGAUGGACGAACACUUUAUUAGACAGACAUGGAGAUUGCUGGGUGAAUCUGUCACUGUUAAAAUGAUCAAAGACAAGUCUACAGGAUCCCUAGCAGGCUAUUGCUUUGUUGAAUUUUCAUCAUCUGACGUAGCAGCUAAACUAUUAGAGUUGGUUAACGGCACUUUAAUCCCUGGCACUCAUUGUUUUUUCAAGCUAAAUUGGGCUUUUGGCGGUGGCCUAUCUCCUUUGUACGUUCUGCCCGAGUUUUCUAUAUUUGUUGGUGAUCUGGCACACGAAAUCAAUGAUAUUUUGUUAAUGCAAGUAUUUCAUGAACGAUAUCCCUCUGUUAAAUCAGCCAGAGUAGUCAUAGAUCCCACUACUGGAUCUCCAAAAGGCUAUGGAUUUGUUCGGUUUGGAUCCGAGGCUGAUCAGCAACAGUCACUUGUCGACCUUCAAGGCCAAAUGAUUGGCUCUCGCCCUGUACGUGUUUCAAUUGCUACUCCAAAACAUAAGGCACUUGGAUCAAAUGGUCACGGAAUGCCAGGAUACUACCCUAUCCCCCCAUCCUAUAUGGAUGCUUCUGGUGCAAUGAUCCCUAAUUCCGCCCAUAUGAUUUAUCGACAGCCUGUAUAUAUGCAUCAGCAUCUUGGGGGAAACGAUCCCACCAACUCGACUAUUUUUAUUGGAGCAUUGCCUGCUACCAUGACCAACGAUGACUUGCGAAAGCACUUUUUACCUUUUGGCGAAAUCGUAUAUACCAAGAUUCCUUUUGGAAAAAGAUGCGGAUUUGUCCAGUUUAUACAUCGGCAAUCUGCUGAAAUGGCCAUCCAAGAAAUGGAUGGCAAAGUUAUAGGUGGAUCUGCACUACGUUUAUCGUGGGGGAGAUCUCAACGAGGCAACUCGACACAUUCACACAUGCAGCAUCUGCCUGCAUAUGGUUUAAUACAAUCCCAAUUUGGUGCUCCUCAAUACAUGCCAUCUGCCUCACAAUUGAUACAUGCUCCAGUCACACCAUUGCAAAUGCCACCACAAAUGCAGGGCUCUUCUGUUCAUUCAGAAUCACCCCCUCAACAACCACCACACCUUCCUCACGGCAUGAUUGCAUAUAUGCCUGUGCAUUCUUCCAGUACACAUGGAUAUCAGUAUAUAGAUCCAGUCACCGGACAAGUAUCUUAUUUCAACCGAAAAGAAGAUCAACGGAUACAUGAACUCGCUGUGGAGUUUAAAUCGUCACCCUGCUCAAGUGCAUCCUAUUCCGAUAUGCCCACACAAUAUACGACUGAAAAUGGAGAAUAUACCCACUGGGAAGGAAUGAGUCCUGUUGUAGUUGCAGCAGCAGCAGAAGAUUUAGCCCAUUCUACAGAGUGACUAGGAUGGUUUUGUAGCAAUCCAUCUUCAUCGCUUUGCAUACUCUUUCAGGCCUUGAGAGUGUUUUGAUAAUAGCAGUUGUGUACUAUUUGGGAUGGAUCCCUUCACCCAGAUGCUAUACAGCUUUUUGAAUGUGACGAGAAAUCAAUAAAAUUCCAGUGAUUCUAAUCACUGAUUUCGAGUUU